AGACAAUUGAUUAGAUGGCUUAUUUGGAAGAUUCAAGAUAUCCAUACUGGUCUAAGCCCUAUAGAAAUAUCGCAUUUACUAUUAAAUACGCUUAUAUUAAUUUUUAACUGGGCUUACUUAUUGGAUAUUAAUGAAAAAACUUUUCCAGAAUUUCUCUUAAGAUGCAGUGUUUGGACUGCGGUCCCAGAUUGGUCCGGUUCCAAUCGGUCCCAUCAAGCUUGUUGCUUUUUUUUAGU